AUGGCGUUCAGUUUGGCUGCUUCUUCAUACAUCGUGGCUUUAAUAGUAGAUGCUUUUUUACUUAUUUUUGCGAUAUUUCAUAUUAUUGCAUUUGAUGAAUUAAAAACUGGUUAUAAAAAUCCCAUUGAAUUAUGUAAUAGCUUAAAUUCGCUAAUUAUUCCAGAAUAUGGAUUACACAUUUCAAUCAAUAUUUUAUUUUUACUUAGUAGACAAUGGCUUUCAUUGUUUCUAAAUAUUCCAUUAAUAAUCUAUCACUUAUGGCAAUAUUAUCAUAGACCUAUUAUGUCUAAACCAGGUCUUUAUGAUCCCACUAGUAUAAUGAGUGCCCAAGCUCUUAAAAUUCACCAAAGAGAAGGAUGGUAUAAACUUACAUUAUAUUUUCUAUCAUUUUUUUAUUAUUUAUACGGUAUGAUUAGUUCAUUGAUUCAUUGAAGAAACUAUCCAUUAUUCAAUAAUAAUUGUUUAUAACAU